CGGACUGUAAGAGGAAGCGGACAUGUGCUAGCGCUGAACUUUUACCGUAAACAACAUAUUUUGUAAAAUAACCACUGUACAGGUGCCUUAGAGAGAGAAAGCCCAAUGAAUCAUAUGACAUAGAUAUGUAAAUAAUGUCAGACGUUGUUUUUGAGGAAGUUUCCGUGUUGUCGGCUAUAUAUUGUGGAGAAGGAGAGUUCGAGUUGGUUCGGCAGUCGGCUCAAGAUGGCGCUGUGGUCCGAAUCAACUGCACCGCGGGGGGCGAGAGAGGGCUGAACGUGAGUUUGCUGUUCAACCUGCAGCCUCCCUACCCCUCCAGCCCCCCCGACAUCUCCGUGUCUUCCGCUGCCCUCUCCAGGACGCAGUGCCAAAGCGUCCGGCAGAGGCUGCUGGACAAAGCGGCGGCCCUGCCCUCAGAGCCCAUGGUGCACCAGCUGGUGGAGCACCUCCAGCAUUGCGUGGAGCUGGCUGAAGACUGCGGAGCUGCGGAGGGUGCUGAGAAAGAGAGAGAAAAAGAGGAAUGGACCGCUGUGCUUCUACUGGACCACAUACGGUCGCGAAAUCAGUACGUUGGCUUCCUGGAGCGCUGGAGCCAGGAUCUACAGCUGAAGGGGAGGCUUCUACUAGGACCCAAAAUUCUGGUUAUACUUCAAGGAGAACGACGUGACGUAAAGGAGUUUUGCCGUCGGUUGAAGACUGUUAAAGUGGAUGUGGACGCAUCAGGGAAGAAGUGCAAAGAGAGGAUGAUGAAAGUUCUGAUUGAAACUGCCUCUGACUUACCUUCCCAACACAGGCUCCAGAGUUUUGAAGUGAAGGACUACCAGUCAUCUCCAGAGCUGACGGCAGUUUUCCAGGAGCUGAACGCGGCUGAGCUCUAUGAGCAAAUACUGCCAUCUUUAAAGUGACUGAGGGGGAAAACUGGCCACUCGGUGCUCACAUGGAGGGCCACAUGAAAACAGAUGGAAGUAUCAAGUGUUUUAAUGUUGCAGAAAAACCAUCUAUGCCCUCCGAAGGGAAACCAGGAGAAGAAUGAUCCUGAGCAGCCCUCUAAAGCUUUAUUGUGUGUGGUGGCAGAAGUGUGACGACAAUGGCUCAGGGAUGGUUCAAACCGAGGGGCAGGAGGCCACAAACUGCUGCAAAGGGAGCCACCCCACCCCCACGGAGCACCUGGCUGGACACUGGCAGCAUCCAGAGCC